CCUAGCUUUCCUUUUCCCCUUUCUUCUUAAUCAGUUCGUGAAGUUCUCAACUAGGCAUCUAGGUCUAGCGAAACACGUAAGGUUCCACCAGAGAAUACUCGAAUUUGGACCGAGACCCAUUGAAAUUCUCACCUGAACUUCAAUGGCAGAACAAAAACCCAUGCCAACAAAGUCCGUUUCAGAAGAGAAAGUUAAAAGUGGUAAGGAAGAGAUUGCGGCGGUAUUCCACUCUGAGAAACCACCUAGUCAUCACAAGGAAACACAUGGGACAAGUGAUGACAUUGAUGAGAAAAUCCCGAUUGAUGAAUUCAAAGGCCCAACUGUGUUUGAACGAGUGAAGGAGGAGAUUGAGGCCGUGGUUGAAGCUAUUAUUCACCCUAAGAAAUAAUCCACCGGUCAGUUUGUAAAUUGUCUUCAAAGUUGAGAGAGUCGGUCGAGUCUUUCUUCCAAGAAGGUUCAAGAAAAACUUGUUUCCUUUGGGAUAACAUAGGAGAUCCUAGUGAUGAACUUUUGUUGCUUUGGUAAGUAAGUUUGGUUCUAUGUAAACUUAUUGGAUGAAUUGGAAUAUGAUACAACCUAUUUGAUUUUUCGGUCUUUGA